AUGCCUGAUCGCUCUUCUAAGUUUGGUAAAUCUAACAGAAGUAUCAAUGCUAAUAUGGGGUUCUGCAGUACUUCUAUCAAAGACCAACCGGGGAUCCCGCCUUCUUGUGGGAGCAGGUCAACCGUGGUGGCGGGAGGCAACAAGUGCCGCGCGCGUUUCAAGAAAGGCCGAUGCCGGCCGCCCUAUCGUCAUCCCUUCACUAGUGGGGUUGCGCAAUCGCGCCCGACUGAUAUCAGCGUGAGUUUGGUCGCCUACACUCUCAGCUCCGCCGAAGACGACGCGGGGCGCGCGCCCUUGUUGCGGGGCCCCGCAGCUCGCACUGCGGCCCUACAAGGACCAACAUCGCUCCUGGCCAACGCUCAACACGCUCUAACUGGGAACAACAUCAACGGCAAGACAUCUUCAAUUCCGGCGGCUUGA